AAUACAUCCUCAUCAUCUUCAUCUCUUGGAUACAGAUGACGAAGAUGACUAUGAUGUCGAUAGAUCUUCUGUCCAGGUUGUUUAUGAGUCCAGGAAAUCUGAUUCCCAUAAGAAACGAUUCAGGAAGAAGGUCUUGAGUCAAGAAGAUGAAGAUGAUGAGGUUAAUUCUUUUAACUUUCGAAAGGUAAUAUUCUGUAUUUGUUUCUCAUGGUAACUGUUGUUUUAACUGAGUAAUGCACAAGAGGAAGAAGAGAGACGAGUUAAAAGACGAAUUCCGCCAGAUGACGAUGAUGGAUCCAGAGUUUAUCGAAACAGCAAGGGGAAGGCAACUGCAUUUUCUUGCAAACGUUGAUCCUAUUGAUGUUGCCAGAAUUAUCUCAUGCAUUUUGGAGUUACGUGCCUAGCUGCAUACAAAUUUUAUUCUACUGCAUGUAUCUGUGAGUCUUGUAAGAAAUUAAUCCAAGUAGCAAGCAAGCAAGCAAGCAACCAAAUCCCAGAUUUUUUAUGUGAAGUGUACAAGAAGCAUCAUCCACCCAUGUUGGAAGAUGAAGUUUGGCGCCUGGAGAAGAUUGGGAAAGAUGGAGCUUUUCACAAGAAGCUAGCCUAGGAGAACAUUAGCACAGUACAAGACUUUUUGAAGUUGUUUGUGGUUGACCGGUCAAAGCUAAGAAGGAUUUUAGGCAUUGGAAUAUCAGAGAAAAUGUGGGAGAGGCAACAAAAUGUACAUUCAUCGUGGUGCUCAUUUUGCGCUUUUUUUUCGGUUGCUUAUGUAAAGUAUAAUGCACCAAAUAACCUAACUCGAAUAUCAAUCAGGUUGAGUUAGCUCUACAGAUUUUAUGACCUGCGCAUUCAUCAAUCUGGACUACCUGGACCGUUAGUCUGUGUGGUAACCAAAUGGGAAAUCAGUCGCCUCUUGCUUCACUGACUCCAACCCAUCUUAAAAUAAUAAUUAGCACAUUAAUUUCGUCAACGGAGAAAUGUCCAUUGACCAAAAUCACUCACACAAAGGACCAAGCUCAUAGAAGAAAACUCAACAGCCAUUCUUUCUCUCGCAUUGUCGGGAAAAUUCUAAGAAACACCUUUGAAACUUCUAUUCUGAUUCUAGCUUAUCAUCUCACCAGCCCAAUUCUAUUCUGAUUCUCCAUGAGCUUUCUACGAAUGACUAUACCGAACCAGCUCAUCAUCAUUCUGAUUCUCCAAUUCUAAUUUUCUUCAUGAGCUUCUGCAGAUGACCAUGCCCACAGCCCACAUCUUCCUAAGACUACCCAUCCUCUUCAUCAUCUUCAACUUGAUCACAACGUUGAUGCCCUCUGCUCUCUGCGAUGACGCUGCUCAAUACACAGAGUGCCGCAAUACCUACGACUGCGGUUUGCUUAAAAACAUAACCUACCCUUUCUGGGCAGCCAACGGUCGGCCCCAACACUGCGGGCGAGAAGGCUACCAACUCACCUGCCUAGAUGAUCAAAACACUGUUAUCAGAAUUGAAGACCAAGAUUUCCUUGUCUUGGACAUUAGCAAGGAAGUUUACAUCAUCACAAUUGCUCGCCUAGACCUCUGGGACAGUCCUUGCCCUAGCAGGCUCGUCAACACCACUUUGGACUACGAUCGUUUCGCUUACGUUCAAGCUGUCCGGAACCUGACUUUGUACUACGGAUGCGUUCCUAACAGGGAGACAGUCCCAAAUAAUUUUACUUGCAAAAUAGAGGGUACCCAAAAGGAUCGUGCGUUCUAUAUAGACGAAUCUAUCUCGAGGCUUACUCCUCAUCAGAAUGAGACCUUGUGCUUCAACAAUAUCAGUGUCCCCAUAAUGUGGACGGGUGUUGAUCUUCUGCAUCAGAAUCGCACGGUGGACGGACUGCAACAAGUUUUGAAGCAAGGCUUCAAGGUUGAGUACAAGGCCAACUGGGAGCUCUGUGGGCCAUGCAUGCGCUCUAAUGGAACCUGCGGAUCCAACAUCACCACUGACUCUUUUCUCUGCUUUUGCGGGGGCCAUCCUUAUGAGGAAACCUGUCCAAAUUCUGAAGACAAUUCGUGGUCGUGGAACUGGAAAAGAAAGGUUAUCAUCGGUGCUUUUGCUGCAGCAAGUGGGAUCUUACUCUCUGUAAUUGUUUGCUGUAUUAAAAGUAGGAUGCAAACUUUCAUGAGGACAAAGAGCCAUCAAGAUCUUGAGGCCUUCAUUCAGAACAAUGGACCUCUAGCAGUAAAAAGAUACAAAUUUUCGGAUAUCAGAAAAAUGACCAACUCAUUUAAAGAUAAACUCGGUCGAGGGGGUUAUGGUGAUGUGUACAAAGGUAAGCUACGGGAUGGUUGUCUUGUGGCUGUGAAGGUUCUUAAUGCAUCCAAAGGGAAUGGAGAAGACUUCAUAAACGAGGUUGCAAGCAUUAGUAGAACUUCCCAUGUUAAUGUUGUCACUCUGUUGGGGUAUUGCUUUGAAGGUCAGAAAAAAGCUCUCAUAUAUGAGUUCAUGCCCAAUGGAUCACUUGAGAAGUUCAUCUACAAAGAAAUUUCUUUGAAAACCACUCCACACUUGGAACUGGAAAAACUAUUUGAAAUUGCUAUUGGGAUAGCUCGAGGGCUCGAGUACUUGCACCGUGGAUGCAACACACGAAUUUUGCAUUUUGACAUAAAACCACAUAAUAUCCUUUUGGAUGACAACUUUUGCCCAAAGAUUUCUGACUUUGGGCUUUCUAAACUUUGCCUGAAGGAAAGUAUUAUGUCGAUGUUGGAUGCAAGAGGGACAAUAGGGUACAUAGCUCCAGAAGUGUUCUGUAGAAACUUUGGAGGAGUCUCUGUUAAGUCUGAUGUCUAUAGUUAUGGAAUGAUGAUUCUGGAGGUGGCUGGAGGAAGAAAGAACAGCGAUGUUCAAGUGAGCCACACCACUGAUGCUUUUUUUCCGGAUUGGAUUUAUAAGCAUCUAGAGCAGGGCAGCAGCAAUUUAGGAUUGCCCAAUCCUAUGACCCAAGAGGAAAAUGAACUUGCAAGGAAGAUGAUUUUGGUGGGGUUGUGGUGCAUACAGACAAAGCCAUCAGAUAGGCCAUCCAUGAGUAAGGUGAUUGAAAUGCUGGAAGGAAGCAUUGAAGCCUUGCAAAUACCACCAAAGCCUUUCCUAACUUCUCCUAUAAGAACACCAGCAGAAUCAGAAUCUUCCACCUUCUCACUUAUAUGUUAAUAUCUUUUCUUAAUUGGUGUACAUCUUUUGGAUGAUUCAGUUCCUAGUCAAUUUUAAAGUCAUUCUAAUAAGAUUUUCCCUUUCGCAUUUUUCUUUUUGGUCAUAGCUCAAUCUUGUUUUGU